CCGGUUGCUUAUCUGGGUCCUAAUGUUGGACCCAAACUCAAUCCAAUGGAGGAUUGGGUUGGGUCGGGGCAGGUCUACUGCUAAAAUUUCUAACCCAACAGAUCAUUCGGGUCAGGUCGAGUUCAUGCAUAACCCAGUCCCAACCUAAAAAAAUCGAGUCUGAAUUGGGUCCAAAUGAAUCUGAAAGUAUAAUUGUGUCAAAGCAACCUCAAUGACUUUCCUUUUGGAUAUUGAAGGACAAAAAAACCACAAACCAGAUAAGGUUGAUUGGCUGCAAAAACAUGCGGUGCUCAUCAAAUCAAAUUAUUUGGAGAACAUCCCAUUUCUUCAUACUCAGGUCUUUUCGAGCCCUAGUUGUUAUUUUGUUGCUACAAAUGCUCGUUACUCUUUAAUAAGCCUUCAAAACCAAGCAACGCUACUGCAUAAAUCAUUCUAUAUUUUAAAUUGGAGCUAUAAACUCGAAAUAUAAAAUAUUUCUCACAUAUAGGACUUGCAUAUUGGUCAGGCAUAACUUAGAGAACAACACAGGGUUCAUGCUUUUUAAGACCUAAAUGGUUUACUAAGUUAGGUUUGGAUCAGGUCGUAGGGUUGAAAAUACAAAAUUAUCCAAAAUUCAAACGGGUCAAGUCGAGUCAGGUCGGAAUUCAGUAAAUUCAGACUCGUUCUAAAAAAUGAAAUGGAUCCAAUUUUAGAACCCGACCUGACCCUACGAAUUCUCUAAAAUAGGUUGGAUUGUGUCUAAGUGGAUCGGCUCACAAGUCAACCCGACUCAUUUGCAGCUUUACAUUUAAAUGAGGUCCAUAGCCCGAUCUGAAUCUAAUUUUUUUUCCUACCAUUCCAAUCAACAAGGAAACAAAUUAAUUUGUCAAGUUAUAUAGAGCACAAUUUAUUUUUGCAUGCAUUCCUAUAUGAACACACAAACAUAUGUGUGUGGGUGUGUAUAUCAUGAACCUUCAUGUGUGCUACAUGUGCAUAUAGUAGAUAAAUAAAUUAAAGACUCUCUCUGAUAUUUUAUGUGCGGAUAAAAAAUCUUGGCAAGCGUUCGCGUGCGUUUGUUCAUUUUAUUCAUAUGACAUUUUUUGUCUGCUUUGCUCCCCUCACCUCCAAAAAAAGAAAAAAGAAGAAGAAAAAAGCAAGAUUUGCAUGGUUUAAAAUGGGUAAAUGCACACGAAAUUCCAAAUUCCAACCAUCAGUGGCAUGCAUGAAUCGUGGAGGAGACCACUUUGAGUGCACGAAAAUGGUGUGUGCACCAGACCCCGUUUCUUGACAUUUAGUAGGCUCCAAGGUUCGAAUAUAGACGUAUUAUUAUAAGCACCAUGCCAGUGCCUUAUAUGGAUAUGCAUGUCUGAUGCUGCUUGUCGAGGUUCUUGCGUCUCUCUCAGCAAAACAGUCCAUAUUCCUGCGACCAUGGCCGCUCUCAAGUUGCUGCUGACCACCCGCCUGGUCGUAGCAUUCUUUGCAUUAACUCUGAUCACCUCCUGCUCCGGAGAUCAACCUACCUUAGAUCCUAUGAGACAGCGUUAUGAGCGAUGGCUUGCUCGUUAUGGUCGAACCUACAAGGAUGGGAGUGAGAAGGAACGACGGUUCGAGGUUUACCAAAGCAACGUCCAGCUCAUUGACAAAUUCAACGCCAUCAGCCAAGGGUAUAAGCUCACAGACAAUAAAUUUGCAGACCUAACGAGCGAGGAGUUCAGGACCAAGUACAUGUGCCUGAGCAAUAGUCGUCAAAGCUCGCCGAAGGCAGAGAUACCGAACUCGGGCAGACUGAAGAGAGAGAACAACUUUGCAGCAGAUCACGAGGAUGAGACUGUGCUGCCUCCUAGUGUAGAUUGGCGGAAGAAAGGAGCAGUCACCAAUGUCAAAGACCAAGGCCAAUGCGGAUCUUGUUGGGCCUUCUCUGCGGUGGCAGCUGUGGAGGGCGUCAACCAAAUUAGGACAGGCCAAUUAGUCCCCUUGUCGGAGCAGGAGCUGGUGGAUUGCGACACGAACGGUGUAAACAGCGGCUGCAGCGGGGGAUUCAUGAACCAGGCCUUUGACUUCGUCCGGCGGAACCAUGGCUUGACCUCUGAAAUGAACUACCCUUACGAUGGCAAGCAAGGUCAAUGCCAGACGACGAAGCUCUCUGACCAUGUCGGAACCAUCAGUGGGUACAGAAACGUGACAGCCAGCUGCGAGCAGUGUCUGCUGCAAGCAGUUGCCGGCCAGCCGGUUUCUGCUGCCAUCGAUGCCGGUGGGUUUGCUUUUCAGUUCUACUCCGAGGGUGUCUUCACCGGCCCCUGCGGGAUGAACCUCAACCAUGGAGUGACCGUGGUUGGCUACGAAACCGCCGGCGAGGAGAGGUACUGGAUGGUGAAGAAUUCAUGGGGCACCGACUGGGGGGAGCAGGGUUACAUUAGGAUGGGACUUGGCAUCCCCGAUGAGCAAGGGUUGUGUGGAAUUGCUAUGCUGGCUUCUUAUCCUCUCAAGUAGAAGCAGCGGUCAACUAGCAAAUUAAUUACUGAUAUCUAUCGACAUGAGUGUCGGAAUCUUACAAAUAAUAUAUGUUCUAUAAAAGAAGAUCCAUGAUCCAUGGAUGGACGAACUUAAUUCAAUCCAUCUCCUAUUAGUUCAAAACAAA